AUGAAUGAAGAUCAAAGGUACAAGGAUCCUAUAGUGUCCCUAUUCUGUAAAACAGAUGUCAAGGGAAAAUUGGACGAAGAUGCAAUACGAUCGUGGAUUGCGCAACAGUCACAAUCGGACGAAGAUAUCAAGAAUUGCGCGGAAGCGCUUGAGAUCUACACAGAUCUUUUGAAAUUGGAGUUUUACAUAGCCAAGUCAUGGGACAUCAGGACACUCGUUCAGAGUGUAGCGGUUAAAUUUGAGCUCGCAGAAACCAAUCUGGACUCGAAGGUCGACCAGGACCACGACGAUUCCUUCUAUAGGGAUAUUGCAUUGAAGUGCAUCCAUGAUUGCGAUAAACUGUCGAAUGGCCUGCAAAAGAAGCAAAGCAGAUUGGAUGAGAUCCGUAGAUAUUUAUCGUCCAAGAGGGAAACCAUUCUAGAAGACUCUUCCACGUUUCUACUGGAACUCUGGUUUACUUGCCGCCAGGAGCUUUGUCUGAUGAGAGACAGAGUAGCUGCCGUUUUCAUACGAUCCAAAGCUUUGAUGAUCGACCAUGAGCUAGAAUCUUUCGAACAUCGAUUGUCGGACACUACUAUAUUGAGCUCAUAUAGGUCUUUCAUGAAGAUACUGAUAGAGCAACUGCAGGAUUCUGAGAUCUCUUCUGACCAAUCCCUUUUCAGCGAAUGCCUGCAGGUGUUCCUCGAUAUUGAGGCAAUGUACAACGCUCUUAACUUUAAUUUGCUUUUGGAUGAUAAUGAGAGCCUUCAAGAUUCGUUAAUGGUAUGCUCGCAAUCCGAGACAAACCUCGACAGCAGCUACAAUGGACAAGAAUCGAGUCGAUGGUCUCUACCAUCAAGAAAUCCGCUCAACGAUCAUUCAAGGACUUCGUCGCUAUCAGGAUCUAGUUCUUUUUCCAUGAUGAUGGAUCGUACAAACUUAGCCAAGGAGUUGCCAUCUUUAUUGACAGCUUUCAAUAACGCCAAGAAAAUGGAACAGGAGAUUGAGAGCGUUCGUACCACACCAUUGGGAGCUCAGCUACCGCAUAUCACUUCGCAUCAUGAGCAGCAAUUCACGCCCUCCAACCUUUUCAGAUCCAAGCUAUACAUGAUGAAUCAGCAACAAGACUGUCUCCGUAGCUUUAUCUCUUCAGCUGGCAACUCUCAUUCCGUCAACAAUGGUAGCGAUAUCGCUAAAAGCCUCUGCAAGACAGGAAACGGGUCAAGCAGACGUUGA